CGAACACUGCAUCAUUGUGCCUAACGUCUGAAAGCCGGCUUGGUUGGUUCGUAUUCGAAAGUUGUUCAUCACUAGUGAGGUGUAUUCGUUUCUGCUACGCGAAGUGGUUGUUGCAUUUCUGUAACGUGAGGAAAUAAGUGUUCAAGAUGGUGGCUGGAGGCAAAUUAAUGAAUGUCAGGGUGACUACGAUGGACGCGGAACUGGAGUUCGCGAUCCAGCAGACGACGACUGGCAAGCAACUGUUUGACCAAGUUGUGAAGACAAUCGGCCUACGGGAGGUUUGGUUCUUCGGUCUCCAGUAUACAGAUAGCAAAGGCGACCUCACCUGGAUUAAGCUGUACAAGAAGGUGAUGAGCCAAGAUGUAAAGAAAGAAAACCCACUUCAGUUUAAGUUCCGUGCCAAAUUCUAUCCCGAAGACGUUGCAGAGGAGCUGAUUCAAGACAUCACUCUCCGUCUUUUCUACUUGCAGGUGAAGAACUCCAUUUUAUCUGAUGAGAUAUAUUGCCCACCUGAGACAUCUGUACUUUUGGCUUCGUACGCUGUCCAAGCUCGUCAUGGAGAUUAUGUGAAGGCAACCCACAAUUCAGGGUUCCUUGCAAAUGAUCGCUUAUUACCUCAGAGAGUCAUGGACCAACAUAAGAUGUCUCGAGAAGAGUGGGAGCAGAGCAUUACUACAUGGUGGAAUGAACAUAAGGCAAUGCUAAGGGAAGAUGCUAUGAUGGAGUAUCUGAGAAUUGCACAAGAUCUAGAGAUGUAUGGUGUAAAUUACUUUGAGAUUCGUAACAAGAAAGGAACAGAAUUGUGGCUUGGUGUGGAUGCCCUUGGACUUAAUAUUUAUGAAAAGGACGAUAAGUUGACCCCAAAGAUUGGUUUCCCAUGGUCAGAAAUCCGUAACAUUUCCUUUAAUGAUCGGAAAUUCAUUAUUAAGCCCAUUGAUAAGAAGGCACCAGAUUUUGUAUUCUUUGCACCACGUGUACGCAUUAACAAACGUAUUUUGGCUCUAUGCAUGGGUAAUCAUGAGCUGUACAUGCGUCGCCGCAAACCAGAUACUAUUGAUGUCCAGCAAAUGAAGGCCCAGGCACGUGAAGAGAAAAUUGCAAAGCAGCAGCAGAGGGAAAAGCUGCAACUUGAGAUUGCAGCAAGAGAACGUGCAGAGAAGAAGCAGCAAGAGUAUGAGGAACGGCUUCGCACCAUGCAAGAGGAAAUGGAGAAGAGACAGCAGGACCUUGCUGAAGCUCAGGACAUGAUUAGACGUCUUGAGGAGCAACUCAAACAACUUCAAGCAGCCAAGGAAGAACUAGAGGUUCGACAGAAUGAAUUGCAGUCCAUGAUGGAACGCCUCGAGGAGAGUAAGAAUAUGGAAGCAGCUGAACGAGCCAAAUUAGAGGAAGAAAUCAGAACCAAACAAGAGGAGGUAGUGAGAAUCCAGAAUGAAGUGGAUCAGAAGGACGAGGAGACAAGACGUCUCCAGGAAGAAGUUGAAGAAGCAAGACGGAAGCAAGAUGAGGUGAAGCAGGCUCUUCUUGCUGCUACUACAACACCACAACAUCACCAUGUCCAAGAAAAUGAGCAUGAUGAGGAUGAUGAGAUGGUAAAUGGUGAUGUAAGCCGGGACUUAGCAACGGAUGACAAUAUUAUUGACCCCAUAGAAGAGAGACGGACAUUAGCUGAACGUAAUGAACGUCUUCAUGACCAGCUCAAGGCUCUGAAGCAAGAUUUGGCUCAGUCCCGUGAUGAAUCAAAGGAGACUGCAAUGGACAAGAUUCACAGGGAAAAUGUACGUCAGGGUCGUGACAAAUACAAGACCUUACGUGAAAUCCGUAAAGGCAAUACCAAGCGUCGUGUGGAUCAGUUUGAAAACAUGUAAACAGUUGGAAGGGCAUGUUUUAUUCAUCAGCUGCAUGCAGAGUGAGUGGAGGGAGCCAAGCCUCAGGCACUGAUUGUAACUUCAACUCAAACAUGCUCAGAGUGCUUCAAAUUUUAUUGAUCUGUUUACCUUAUGAUAAUCUUGAUGUAACAAAUCAGUCAAAUUUGUCAGUGAAAGGAGAUGUUGUUUCAGAUCUGUUUCGCAAGGAACUGAUUCGAUCUUUCCUACACAAGUGUGUAUGGUAAUUGUGAAAGAUAAGAAGGAAUAUAGUGAGGGUGGUUGCAAUAUGCUUCUUGGCCUGGGCUUCCUAAUUGUCAUACAUGAAAAAGAAAAAUGUAAAUACUUUCCUAUAUUUUUGUGGACAGUGUUACUGGCAAUAUUUAUUUUACAACAUGAUUGCUUGCCACCCUGGGCUUCCUGUUCUUAUUGCAGCCGUUACCAUGCACUAGAAACUGUUCUUAUGGAGAACAGAUUUUUUCAUUGGCAAAUCUUAUCGACUUGAAAACUAUUCAGCAAUCAACCGGCCUAAGAUACUGGUUCACCACAAUAGUGGCCAUCGUGUAUUAUGAAUUAUUCAGUGAAUAUUUGGGAGAAAUGGACAUAUCUUGUAUUACAAAUUGUGGCCUUGGUAUGUUUGAUGUUUGGCUCUUUUUAUGAAUGAAGGAAGCGAGCGUUAACAUUAAGAAAGACUGUUUGAAAAGUAUAUUAAUAAUAAUGAUAAUGAAAGUACAGGUUGUCUGAUCAUGCCAGAUGUUUGAAUAUUCUCUGCAAUGCAGUACUUUUUCUGAUUAACUGUUGUUCCCAGUAAUAAUCAAAAUAGACUUUUGAGUCUGCUACAUAGCUUUACAACUUCUUAUAAGGAAUUAUCUUCUGUUAAAUAAAAAAUUUCUUAGCAGUCUAAGCAUUUCAUUUGAACAUACACCAUAGGAAUUAAAUGAGGUUAGUCAGUUGUAUCAGAUCUGGAUCAUGACAUCUUGUGCAUUCAUUUUUAGGCUAUAUUCUUUAUGCCAAAUAACUUGGUAAGUCAUGCCUUUUGCCAGUUAAGAGAAAUAAUUUAUAUGGAGUUGAGGAAGGGAGAGGUUUAUUCAGUUAAAGAUUACACAGUUCUGAUUUCAUAGGAAGUUGUCAUGUACUGCAAUUGUAUAAUAGUGAUUAAUUCAUAAACAUACUCAUUUUCAUAUUCUAAAUAUUCUUUUUGCCUUAACUGUGUUGUAGCAUUCCAUUUCUUUAUUUUUACAGUUUCAAAAGGCAAUCAUACAAUUUUGAUAAAGUUGAGAACUGUUUUCAGAGACCACAUGUUAAUCCACUUAGUUCUAUAUUGUCUUUGUUUGCAUUAUCUCUUGCAUAGCACUGUGCUACUUUAAAAAUAAUUAGUACAUGUAACAUUCGUUUUUAUGUAAACUAAUGUCUGCUUUACACAUAACACACUGAAUACUUGCAUUUGUUUCUUUCUUUUCAUUUUGGAUGGCUGAAAAUUGAACAGAUCAGCUUAUGAGCAGUGCCAUUUAACAAAAUUCUUCCAAAACUUCAUUUCUUCACUGUCACUUAAGUCAUGUUACUAAUAACAUACUUGACUGGUGCUUUAAGAUUUGUAUUGUACAUAAUUCUGCAUCGUCAGUAUGCAAGUGCAAGUUUUUUCUCUCUCUCCAGUUUCCAUUCUUUGACAUCAGUGUACAAAAUAGUAGACUUUCAUUUGUUGACUGUGCAGUAGUUGAUGAUCCAGUGCAUAUGCCACUGGUAGAGAAAUGUCUUUAAAAUACACAUAACCAAGUUGCCUUUGUAACGAAGAAGAAGAAGAAGAAGCAUUAGCGAAUGGAAAUUGAAACUGUGUUGAAGUAUGUAAGACACUUUUCCUCUACUCGGAAAAAUGAUUGCAUCAACCACUUGUACUUCUCUUGUUCCUGUUAUAAGAAAAAUAUUGUUAACAUGAUGAAGCUAAUUUUUUAUAUCAGCUUGAACAGUUAAUUAAGUACUAAGUAAUAUUAAAAAUAGUUACUGGAAAUUAUGUUCUACUUCUUAAUAAGUAGAGAAAACUUCUCUUUCUUUCUGGUAUGGGAUGUAGUAUUAUGUAGACCUACAACAAUAAUUGAGUCCCAACAUGUAACAUUUUAAAUAAGUUGUUGUUCCUUAACAGGCCAUUUGUACUAUUUUGGAGUGAGAUAGGGAGUACUCAUUUGGAUAUCCUGUAAAGCAGCAGAUUUGAGCUGAAAGUGAAAAAUAAUCCAUAAGACGGAAGAUAUUAGUUUUUAAGUAAUUUUUUGUAUAGUACUAGGGAUAUUCAAAGUAAGUAAUAAAAUGUUUUCAGUUUGGGUUUAUUUUUUUCUCACGAGACUUAAAUAAUUUUGCCAGUAAGAAAUGUGUAUAGGGUUAUUCUAUGUCAAAUCAGAACCCUCAACCUGAAACCUGCCAUUUGUCAUUCAUAUUGGCAAGUUUGUUGAAAGUAUAUUUGCUACUUGGUAUAUUUCAGGGCUUAUGGAUUCUUUCAUAUAUGACUAAAAUGUAAAUAUAAAUUGGAAAAAUCAGUAUAUGUAUGUAGACUUAGUUUGUAAUAAAGUUGCUGAUGUGUUACACUUCUUCA